GAAGACAUCAUGCCUAGGCAUGAUGGGCGAAUUUCUCCCGAAACUGCGAAAAAUGUGCGAAACUCGAAUUUUGACGCCUGCGACAAUUUGCGUAAAUUUUGACGUCGUCAUAAAUGUUAAUGGGCGUCCGAAUAGUGUUGACGCGUGACGGUUUUGAGCAAGUGAAUUUUCUGAUGUGCGUCCAAAUUUAUUUUGAGUCCGGCAAAUGUUAACAGGAGUUUAGCAAAUGUAUUCGCCGGCGGCUAAAUACGGAAAUUCGCUGCAAAUUCACGCCUGGCGAAUUUAUUCGCCCAUCACUAAUCAUGCCUGCAUCAGAUACAGGGGAAUGAUAUUUGUUUGCACCCGGCCACAAUACUGCAAAGGUGCAACAGUUCACCAGUCAGAUCCACAUAUUCAGCAGUGAUCCGGUAAUAACAAGCAAAACAGGAAAUGUGGCAAUAACUUUAUACAGUGCUAUUUCAGGUUACAGUUAAUGACGAGCCUUUAGAAGGAAUUAAAAAUACUAAUUAUUUCCCUGUAUGAUGUCAGAUGUUUCUCCAUACACAGAGACGAGUGAGUGGGGCUGUUACAACUCCAAGGUCUAACCCGGAAAAAGCCUGCAGGGAAAAUACCUUUUAGAGUCCGUGUAAGCGUGACAAGGCAGAUCAUUGGCUAUUUCUGUACCAGUUGGGUGUGUGUGUGAGAUGCAGGAACAGAGCGGCUAUUACUAGAUCAUCCCACAAACUUUCCAGAAAACUGUGGCUAAAUAUUAUCUCACUUAUUAUCAGUAGAAAUAAUCUAUUCACUUGUGGUUAUUUAAGCGAGAAAUGAAACUGUUCUGCACUUAGAUUGCCCCUAGCCAGCAGUGCGGAGAGAGUGUACUCUAUAUAUCCAGCCUAUUGUCAGACAACUGCCAUCCCAGUAGGUCAAUCAUGGAGGCGGCCACUGAAAUCUGGCACACUCUGCGAGAUACAGCAGAAGAUCCUGAUUCCAGUCUAGAGUGCUCCAUCUGCUUCACCAAAUAUGACAACAUCUUUAAAACCCCCAAGUUACUACAGUGCUCACAUACUUUGUGCCUGGAGUGUGUGGCAAGGCUGGUAGCUGCCCUCCCACCUGAAAAGCAAGCGGAGGAUGUCUUGUGCCCCUUUUGUCGACAGCCCACACACAUCCCAGAUGAGGGGGCACCAGCCUUACAAACAAGUCAAGAACUGUUGUCCAACUUACCCGCUCACCUUCAGCAUGAAGAAGCAGUCUGGAUUGAAGGGAACAAGCUCUGUUAUAAGCAACCUCCUGAGACAAACCCAGAGCAGCAGGAUUUGUGCAUUUGUGUGGACAUUGGACUCAGUAAAAAGGACAACCCCUCUGAACCAAGGCAACGCAGAGGCUUUUUUAGGGGCUGCAGCAGUUGGAAGAGGCUUUUACUCAUAGUGUUAAUUGUAGUGGUUUUGAUUUGUCUUCUCCUUUGGCCAGUUGAGUGUAUGCUAAAGACUGGGAGCCUACGAUGCACAUCAGAACCUGCCCCUACUAAGAGACCAAUGGUUCAUGCAGUGGAGCAUGAAACAUGAGAAACAAACCAGUGGAGCCUACACUGACAUGGCACUUUUUAGUUCUACCAUAACAACUAAAAAAAUGCAUCUGUGGUCAUUAUAUUUCCUUUAAUACCUGUAUUGAGGGGGGGGGGAGGGAAGUUAGACCUAUUGCUAUGAUUGAUGAUCAAAGGAACUAAAAUAUCCUUGAGCUUAUCCCAAAUGAGGGCAGGCACAGAUAAGAACAGGACAGUGGUUUGUCCAAUCAGAGCAGCUCCAAGAUGAACUAGAAUACUUAAUAUAGAAUCUUGUGCGCUGCUCCACAGAACAGGGAGUGUUUUACCAUCAGUGUUGUAGUAACGGUGUGAGCGCACUCGCUGGCCUUCCAAUGAAUAAUAGCCUGGUGCACAGUCCUCUAGGGAGACGGCACUCCCCCAAAUUCACUUUCGAGAAUCAGAAAGGAGGAACUGGCACACAGGAACAGAUGCAAUAGGGAUUAACCCUUACGUGUUUAUUAACGUCACAGUGAUGCACAACGUUU